CACUUUUCCUCCAUCCUUUUUUUUCUCUUGGGUCAUCUUCUACUCCACUGUUUCCUACUCCUACUCUCUCUCUCUCUCCUCUUUCUCUCUCCACAUAUACAUAUAACCAAUAAUUACUUCAAACCCAAAACGAAACUGGGUUGUGCUAAAAUCUUGAACUUUGAUACUAAAAUUGUGUAAAAGAAAUACAGGGGAAUUAUUAUUAUUAAUUAUGGAGCAGGAUGAAGGGAAUAAUAAUAAUAAUAAUGGAGGAAUGUUUGUGAAGGUAAUGACAGAUGAACAAAUGGAAGUUCUUCGGAAACAGAUUGCGAUUUAUGCGACUAUUUGUGAACAACUUGUUGAUUUGCAUAAAUCACUUACUUCUCAUCAUGAUCUUGCAGGAGUUAGACUCGGGAACAUAUAUAACGACCCGUUGGUAACAUCCGGCGGCCACAAAUUCUCCGGCCGCCAACGGUGGACCCCAACACCCGUCCAACUUCAGAUUCUCGAGCGUCUUUUUGAGCAAGGAAACGGGACGCCAAGCAAACAGAAAAUAAAAGAAAUAACAUCCGAAUUAUCACAACAUGGCCAGAUCUCUGAAACAAACGUCUAUAACUGGUUCCAAAACCGACGGGCCCGAUCCAAGCGUAAGCAACAAGUCUCCGCACCUAAUAACAACGGCGAAUCUGAAGUUGAAACAGAGGUUGAGUCACCCAAACCUCAGCAGAACUCAACAUCAACAGCUGACGAUAACAUGUGUUUUCAGAAUCCAAAUGCGUGUUCUGUCGAUCAACGGGCUAAAAAAGUUGAGCCCGUUUUCCCGUCUGAUGCUAGCUCAAAGCCCGCUGGAAAUGUAGGCCAGAUGUCAUAUUAUGGAAGUAUGUUAUCAAAUCCAAGAAUGGACCGUAUAAUCGGGAAGAUGGAAGUUCCAGGGAGCUACCAAUCAUAUAUGCAAGGUGAUGAAUACAACAUGACAGGUUAAAGGUAAGCAGUUCGAGAUUGGCUUUAUAUUUAACGUCUUGGCACCCAAGUAUAGAUGUUGGUAGUCUAUGAAUCUUUGUUGAUCAUUUCUUGUACUUCACUGCUCAUGUUUUGCGGAUGUUAUAUACAUAGUAUGCGUUUUUUGUUUAGUACGAUGUUUGUUAAAAACAAAUUGUUACUCGCAUUUCCAACUGCUGUUAUAUAUAUAGUUUUGUUUUUGGAACAA